AUGUUAAGAUUUGCUUCUCCUGCUGUCAAACAAUCUAUCAAAGCACAGGCUUUGAAACAACAAGUCAGAUCCGUCUCCUACAAGGAGUUAAAGUUCGGUGUCGAAGGUAGAGCGGCCUUGCUGAAGGGUGUCGAGACCUUGGCUGAUGCUGUCUCUGUCACCUUAGGUCCUAAGGGUAGAAACGUUCUUAUUGAACAGCCUUUUGGUGCUCCAAAGAUCACCAAGGAUGGUGUGACCGUUGCCAGAUCCAUUGUCUUGCAAGACAAGUUUGAAAACUUGGGUGCAAAGUUGCUACAAGACGUAGCCUCAAAAACCAACGAGAGUGCUGGUGAUGGUACCACGUCUGCCACGGUUUUGGGAAGAUCGAUUUUCACCGAGUCCGUCAAGAACGUUGCUGCCGGCUGCAACCCAAUGGACUUGAGAAGAGGUUCUCAAGCUGCCGUUGAAGCCGUCAUCAAGUUUUUGUCUGAGCACAAGAAGGAGGUCACCACCUCUGCAGAAAUCGCACAAGUUGCCACCAUCUCCGCCAACGGUGACGCACACAUCGGUGGUAUGUUGGCCAACGCCAUGGCCAAGGUCGGCAAGGAGGGAGUCAUCACCAUUAAAGAAGGUAAGACUUUGGAAGACGAGCUACAGGUCACCGAAGGUAUGAGAUUCGACAGGGGUUACAUCUCUCCAUACUUCAUCACCGACGCCAAGUCCGGUAAGGUUGAAUUCGAAAACCCGUUGUUGCUUUUGUCCGAAAAGAAGAUCUCUUCCAUCCAGGAUAUUCUACCAUCCCUCGAGAUCUCCAACAAGUUGAGAAGACCUUUGUUGGUUGUAGCUGAAGACAUCGACGGUGAGGCUUUAGCUGCAUGUAUCUUGAACAAGUUGAGAGGUCAAGUCCAAGUCUGUUGUGUCAAGGCCCCAGGCUUCGGCGAUAACAGAAAGAACAUCUUGGGUGAUGUCGCCAUCCUUACAGGUGGUACCGUCUUCACUGAAGAAUUAGACAUCAAGCCAGAGAACGCUGCUCCAGAGUUGCUUGGUACUGCCGGGUCAAUCACCAUCACAAAGGAAGACACUGUUGUCUUGAACGGUGCUGGUCAAAAGGACACCAUCUUGCAAAGAUGCGAACAAAUCAGAGGUGCCAUCGAGGAUGCUGCUACCUCCGACUACGAAAAGGAAAAGUUACACGAAAGAUUGGCCAAGCUCUCUGGUGGUGUCGCCGUCAUCAGAGUCGGUGGUGCUUCCGAAGUCGAGGUCGGUGAAAAGAAGGACAGAUACGAUGAUGCUCUUUGCGCAACCAGAGCAGCUGUCCAAGAAGGUAUCUUACCUGGUGGAGGUACCGCUUUGAUCAAGGCAACCCAAGUAUUAGACUCAGUUAAGACCGAAAACUUUGACCAAAAGUUAGGUGUCGACAUUAUCAAGGCUGCUAUUUUGAAGCCAGCAAAGAAGAUUGUCGAAAAUGCUGGUGGUGAGGGCUCUGUUGUCGUUGGUAAAUUACUAGACCAAUACUCCGGUGAUUUUAACGUCGGUUACGACUCCGCUAAGGGUGAAUACGUCGACAUGAUCCAAACGGGUAUCAUUGAUCCGUUCAAAGUCGUCAAGAACGGUCUUGUUGAUGCCUCCGGUGUUGCUUCUCUUCUUGCAACUACUGAAUGUGCAAUUGUUGAUGUUCCUGAGCCAAAGGGUGCACCAGCUGCUGCUCCAGGCGGUAUGGGCGGUAUGGGCGGUAUGCCUGGUAUGGGUUUCUAA